AUGUAUGCCGCGUAUAAGGACCACGAAAGUCACAUGUCACACGAGCGUCCGGAAUACGUCGCAUACCCAUUCAUGAACGUUAGAAAUAAGCCAUUCCCAUGGGGUGAUGGCAACCACACGUUGUUCCACAAUCCUCGAGAGCAGUAUGUGCCUGGCGUUGGAUUCGAGGAAGAGCGAAAACACGACUAG